AUGGCUGAAGCCAGUGUCUCAGUGGAUCAAGACCAGUUCAGCUGUUCGAUCUGUCUGGAUCUACUGAAGAAUCCAGCGACUACUCCCUGUGGACACAGUUACUGUUUGGGCUGUAUUAAGGGCUGCUGGGAUCAGGAUAAUCAUACUGGUGUCUUCAGCUGUCCCCAGUGCAGAGAGACUUUCUUCCCAAGGCCUGUUUUAAGAAAAAACACCAUACUGGCUGACGUGGUGGAGAAACUGAAGAAGACAGGAUUCCAAGCUGCUCCUCCUGCUCACUGCUAUGCUGGACCUGGAGAUAGGGUGUGCAAUGUCUGCGCUGGGAGAAAGCGCAAAGCCGUUAAAUCCUGUCUGAUGUGUCUGGCCUCUUACUGUGAAACUCACCUCCAGCCUCACUAUGAAUCUCCUGCCCUUAAGAAGCACAAACUGGUCAAAGCCACUGGAAACCUGCAGGAGAAGAUCUGCUCUCAUCAUGACAAACUGCUGGAAGUUUAUUGUCGUACCGAUCAGCAGUGUAUCUGUCUGCUGUGUACGAUGGAUGAACACAGAGGCCAUGAUACAGUCUCAGCUGCAGCAGAAUGGACAGAGAAACAGAAGCAGCUGGGGGAAACACAGAGUAAGUUCCAGCAGAGAAUCCAGGAGAGAGAGAAGGAGCUGCAGGAUCUGAGGCAGGCUGUGCAGUCAGUCAAGCGCUCUGCACAGGCUGCAGUGGACGACAAUGAGAGGAUCUUUACUGAGAUGAUCCGCUCCAUUGAGAGAAGGUGCUCUGAGGUGAAACAGCUGAUCAGAGAUCAGGAGAAGGCUGAAGUGAGUCGGGCUGAAGGACUCCUGGAGCAACUGGAGCAGGAGAUUGCUGAGCUGAGGAGGAGAGAUGCUGAGCUGGAGCAGCUUUCACACACAGAGGACCACAUCCAUUUCCUCCAGAGCUGUCCGUCUCUCUGUGUACCUCCUGGACCUGGAGAAUUACCCAGCAUCACUGUCAGUCCACAUGUGUCUUUUGAGGCUGUGAGGAAAUCUGUCUCUGAACUGAAGGAGCGACUGGAGGACAUCUGCAAGGGGGAACUGGUCAAAAUUCCUCCAUCAGUGAAAAACAUCCCUACUGUAGAGCCCAGGACCAGAGAGGAUUUCUUACAGUGUGAGUGCUCACUCUGAAACUCUGAACUGGCCCACACACACACACACACACGCACACACUCACACUCACAC